AUGAUUCCAGGGGCCUUUAAUGGGGAACCGACGCUAAAUCUAUCGGAAACUUUCAAAGAAAGAUUGUGCCAACCUUGGAAGAAGACCUUGGUGGUGCGAUUAUUGGGAAGAUCAGUCUCUUAUGCUUACCUCUGUUCUCAACUCCGUUGGAAGUGGCGGCCGUCGGGAGCUCUGGACAUCAUAGACCUAAAUAAUGAAACUUUUCUUGUCACUUGCAGCAAUGAUCAAGAUUAUCUAACAGCGCUUUCGGGAGGACCUUGGGUGAUCCUCGAUCACUACCUCCUGGUGCAUCCAUGGUCACCGGACUUCCGUGUCUCCGACAAGCCACACAGAUCAGUGGUAGCCUGGGUGCAAUUUCCAGAACUUCCAGUUCAUUUCUACCACCGUGAAGUUCUUUUUGCGAUUGGCAACCUAAUUGGAAGGACGAUUAAGCUCGACUACCAUACAGAAAUCUUUAAAGGGGAAAAUUUGCUCGCAUGGCAAUUGAUCUCGAUAUGA